CGAGCUGAAAUUCGACAGCAUGAAUCAAUUCCUCGCGACUUCUUUUCUUCUAUUGGUGUAAAUGGACCCAAAUACGAGAGUAGUCCGGCAGUCAGAUGUAUUGGUGGAAUUUUAACUUUAACAAGUACAUAUUAUGUCGACGUUUGUUCCUACGUCUCCUGGCUAUACUAGUCCUUUUAGUACAGAAACCUGUUACUCUGUACAAGUACCGAGCUACAAAUGUCUUUUCAUCCACUCACUGGGGCGGCCGUGACUUGGUAGGUAGGUGGCGAGAGAAACGUAACAAGGUGAAACGGCGGAAAAGUAAACGCCUGCCUUUUAAUAUUAUUAUACGCUACUCAGUAGCUACCCCAGUCUAAACGCCACAGGAUGCAUCGUAACUCAUACAAUUGUCUCCGCCUUUGGCCUUCUCUGUCCCCGACAUUCCGUAGUAGUAUCUAAAUUGUUCGACAUGUGUAUUUAUACAAGUCUACUAGGGCGGCGCUCGUAUGUCUACACAUGUCGUAGU